CGCAACUCAGGUUCAGUCCAUUGCAUCCCGUGGUUGCAAUCCAGCUCAUCACUAUACCGCCCAGAUUUGAUCCCUCCAAUCCUCCUCGACACGGCUAUGGUGCCAACGAUUGUGCCUCCUUGAAGUUCUCCAGUGAUCCACCAACAAUACCACGUCCCACGUUCAUCAUUGCUACCACAAUGCCAUCAUCGACGAGUUUGUAAAAUACUUUCACUCUGAGAUCAAAUUUACUAAUUUUGCCUCUAGAGAGGACGAGAGAGGAGAGCAGACCAUUCACCCCACCACCGGUCCAUGUCCAUCCCUGGCCGCCCGCUCCCACCGUGAUCCAGCAACGGUCGUUGCCGAUGCACCACUCCCGGCUCCUCUCUCAUCUCUUCUUCCCCCACCCCAUGCCCCAUUCUCUUGCUCGAGCUCCUCGCCGAUUUUACCGAUCGUUGGCCUCUGAUCUAGGGUUCGCUGCUGCCGGUCGCCAUUCACCUGUGUGCCUCAGGAGGAAACGGCUCCCUGGACCUUAUCCUUCUUCACAUUCUACCUCUACAGAUCAGGAACGCCUCGAUGGCCGUCUCUUCCGUUUCUCCUUUCUCUCCCUCCUUGCAAUACACCGGCCAUGAUUCAGGGAUGGAGAAGGGAGGGGGGUAGAGCCACCAUAUCAAGAGGUAGAGUGAAGGAGCCACGCUUGAGAACUUGGCGUGAGUUACUUUGGUUCAGCGGCUACCAAUGUUCCUUUUUUACUUCAGAGUUCUAAAAUCAUGUUGCCUUUCAAGAAUAAGAUGGAGAAAGGUCCAAACAAUCUUUCAAGAUUUGUCACACUUGAUGGAAACUGGAAGCAUCACUCUCCUUGGCUGAAAUCACAGUGGUCAAAUUAUAGAUCACAAGCUGUAGACGAAUUGUUUCUUCUGAUUUCCCAAUCUUCAGAUUGAACUGACCAAUCCAUGUGAUUGAGGAAUCCUUGUGGAGAAAAAGAAUUCAAGGAAAUCCGCAGCUCCGAAUACAGAGGUGAGAAAUCGAAUCAAUCGAGCAGCGCUCUGGUGAUCUAUUCAUCUACAUGUUCUGAUCUGCAUGUAUUCCCUGUUUUUCCUCUGCUGGUUCAGCUUUGUUAAACUUAUAGCAGAUAUAAAAUACCUGUAUAUAUAUGCUUAGAACAAGCAAAAUUAGCACUCUCUAUCUUGAGUUGUCAGUUUGAUUUACAUACACAUGUCACUAGACUAUGCAUCAUCAAGCAGAAUGUUUAUGUGUGUUGCCAGUAACAAAUUGUAUCAAAUCUUGUGUUAAAACAAUACUAUCAAAUUAACUUUCCAACCAGGAUUUCAAGAAAAAAAAAUUGUGCUGGAGCAAGAAAGGGAACAUGGUAAGGAGUGUGCCUACAAGAGUUUCUCUGUUCUCUUCUUAUUGGUUGCCAUAUGCAGCUUGCGGGUCUCAACUUAAUAAAUACAUCAACCGCGUACCGAAGGAAAAACUCAUUACAUGAAUUCUGAGUAGGUAUUUUCAGUCUUUCGCAAUGUAGUUUGUUUAUUUUUCUCUGCACCAUGAUGUGCUGAUAAAAUUUGGAUAAUCAAUCCAAUUUCCAGUGAUGAUGCCCUAGCUGAUCAUGCUUCUUUACCACAAUCAUUUUCCUGACAGUAGUUGUGCAUGCAGUACAUGUUUUCAGUUGAGCGAACCCUCUUUUAGUUAGAGAUCAAAAUUCAAGCCUGACAUGGCAUAUGAAUGCUCCCAGUUUAGCAAAAGCCGUGAUCUUUCCAACUUUGAGAGUUGAAGGAAAUCUCCGGAUAAAAAAUUGAAGAAUUCAUAUAGCACAGUACAGGGUGAGCAUCCACAUGACAGUUCUAAAGUUGUUUUUACCAUAUGGAAGUUCAUAAGUUAUGAUAAGAAUAAAAAUGCAAAGUUUCAAAAACUUAUGUUUCCAGCAUGAUGGCUCCCCUGUUUCUAUGGUAAUCUUUUUCAAAUAUUCUGAUCAUGGUCCUCUAAGCAUUCCUGGUUUGUCACUUGAGCCUGAACCGUGGGUCGCAGAUCCAACGGACAUUGAUGAAAUCCAUAGAAAAAAGCCUAGCUAACUCUUCAUAACAAAUGGACUGAGUUAGUGCGCGCACUCACCGGCCGGUGCUUCUCAGUUUUUUUAACAUGCUAUAGCAGCUAUACAAUAUCAGGUUUAUGGAAACAUAUUUCAAAAUUGGUAAUUAGUGUGUUCUAUUCUCCUUGGAUAUUUCUUAUUCUAUUUUAGAAUUAUUAUUUUUCGUCCGCACUUUCAAGUAUUUAUGCGCCUGGGGUCUUUCAUUCUACAGCUGAACAAUUAUAUCUCAAAAUAGCUUGCGCUGCGCCCCCUAUAUUUGAUCCUUCUGCCCUCUUUUAAAUUCAACCUCUAAUUGACGUCUUCUCGUUGUUGUUGUAUAUACGUGCACCAAAUUAUACAAAAUGAAAUAUUGUGGAACAGGCAUAUUCAAAACUGUUUUUUGAAGUUAAAUAUCUAAUGUGAGAAGCCUAGAUAUAAGAAAUAUAGGUGUAAGGCGAUUGUUUUGAGGUGUCAAUGCAACUUACAGUACAUGGAUCUGGUUAGAACUUUGAUACUUCUUGCUUUGAUAUGCUGCUACGGUAGCUCAAUACCGAUGAAACAGAAGGAUUGGUCAUGUCACCAAAUGGGUACCACACACAUAUAGAUUGUUGCUUGCUCUCACGGUCCAUGUCAUCCUCGAUCCAUGUUGGUAUGCAUCCUCUCCCUUUCCUUUCCUCUCUACUAAGUUGUCUCUCCUUUUCCUUUAAUUAUUCAUGUGAUCUUUUUUGCUCUGAGAAGCCCUUCAUGAUGCACAGAAGGAUUCAGUUUCUGAAUUCUUAUCAACAGUUUUCAGUUGUCUAUUGCAAAAAUGUUCUAUGUAUAUCAUGUGAGUUAAAGGGUCAACCAAAUGAUCAUAUAUGUAUUUAUAUAGAAUCAUAUCUAUCUAUUGGCAGCCAUGUCUGAUGCAUACAUCUUUGCUGAUUAAAAAAAUAUGCACAAAGACCUACGUGAAAUAGCUCGAUAAACAAAAAAUACUGCUCGACCGAUUUCUUCCUCUUAUUCACUGUUCCAUUUUAUAACACAAAGCGCUCACAUGGGCUCUCUUGGGCGAGGCGUGUCGCCGCACCUCUUCCUGCUAGUCAGGAUUAAUUGUUGCUAUCUAGAGUAUUUAUUGAAAGAUGUGUGAUCAGAGAAAAUUAGCUCUAAUCCUAGCGUAAUUAUGGGGAGCACACUUGAAAGCAUCGAUGGUAAAGGAUGUUUAGUUUGAAAACCCCAAGAGAUGGGUGGUAAUUUGAGGAAGUAAAUCUGACGCUCCACUGACUUGAUCCAAGGGCCAUGCACCGGUGUCAUUCCUAGCGGUCUCCUAUAAAAGGGGUACGGCAUCCGGAUCUGACCCAAAUUGACUCCCCCCCCCCCCCAAAAUCAUCUCGGCCGGCCCUAUGGCGUCCCAAAGCAGCCCGGCCGGAGCGCCGCCCGGUUUCCCUAAACCUACGAACUACCUUCCCGCCGUCGAUCUUCCCCGUGCCCUCGGACGCUGCCGCAUGCUGCUGGACAGGCUGCUGCAACAUGAGGACGGGUGGGUGUUCGCCAAGCCGGUGGAUACAUACGAACUCGGCCUCCGCGACUACUACUCCAUCAUCGCCGAACCCAUGGAUCUCGGCACUGUCAGCCGCCGCCUUGAAUUGCGUCGCUACCCGAACCUGCUCUGCUUUCCCAAGGAUGUCCGGCGUACCUUCAGCAACGCCAUGACCUACAACAACAAGGGAGACGAUGUGUAUGAGAGUGCUGCUAAGCUCUCUCGCAUCUUCGAGUCAGGGUGGGCCUCCAUUUUGGCGGCGCUCCCGUCGCCGCCGCCGGUCGCCGUGCGCAGGGCAAGGCUCAAGGAUGAGUUUCCGCGGCUGCCGGUGGACUUGCAGGACAAAGCGGCCAUCAUUAUGAAAGACAUAGGCGGGUGGAUCCAGGAGGUGGAUGGGAGGGUUGAGGUGGAUUUGGACAAGGCCGACGAGGCGACUCUUGACAAGCUCGAGUGGCUGCUCGCUCUCGCCACCAUGAGGAAGGAGGCAGGAGCGCUGGAUAAUCAAAUUUGAUGUGGCGCUGCAUGAUUUUACCAGCGUCAAUUGUUUCUCGGUUCCAGAACGCUGUUGACUUAAACAUCGCUUCCCUCUUUUGCGAAUGAGUAUCAGCAUGAUUUCUAAGUGGCUGUAACAUCGCUAGCCUAGAUAUCCCUACUCUGGAUUUGUAUGAAUACCCCAGUGUCAGUGUGGUUGUAAUUUGGGGGUUUGUAGCUGGUCGGUUAUUCUGUCUGUUGUUAUAUUGGAAUUAGACUUUGAACCUGUGAUGAUACUGAAGAACUGCAAGGAUGUGUGGAAGUCAUGUUGUUCGAUUGUUCAUUAAAUAUAUGAUUUCGUGGGUGAAUUUUCUGCCAUGAA